GGAGGGGGAGGGGCUAGCGCUGCUGCAGGAGGUCCGUUCACUGGGCUAACUAGUCAUGAAGCUAGUUAGCGACACAGCGAUGUGGCGCUGAAUGCGACCAGUGAUGCACUAGCGACGAGGGACCAUGGACUAACUGCUCACCUGGACCUGUUCCUGUUCCCGUGUCCCGACAAUCACCACGGAGCCGCGGGCCGUUGCAGGGGGCUUGUAAUUAGCUUCUUCAUUCAUGCUGGGGCUCGGGGGAGUUUGAGCUCCGACACGGCUCAGUCACCGAGUAGCAGUAUGGUGGUCCCGGACAGUGCCAGCGUGGUCCCUCAGCCUGACAAUGGUGGACCCGCCGGCCUCACGGAGAUCUCGGAGUCCGGGUGCGAGGAGGCGGUGGAGGGGGGUCAGGACCUGGCGGGGGUGGAGCUGGAGGAGGUCCGAAAGCUGCAGGAGCUCGUUCGCAGGCUGGAGGUCCAGAAUGAGACCCUGCGCAACAGAGGAAGCAAGACCAUCACCCGCAGAGGAGACAACAGCAACUUCGCAGCUGCUGUUAACAUCAAUGAGAGACUGGCCUGCGAAGGGGUGACACACUCCCACCUCAGGUUGGAGGGCAGCGGCGAGCUGGACGGGACGGACUUUAAGCUGUCGCCGCCUCAGGACAACAGCAGCAGCAGCGGCGAGGAGAUGUCCCCUUUGCCCGUGAGACUGGAUGGGGAGGACGAAGAGGAGGAUCAGGGUCCGUGCGGAGACUUUUUGACUUUGACCUGCAGCAACGGAGCCGCGGGUCAGUCUCAGGGGCAGAGCCAGACGCCAGAGAGCCCCUCUCAGGAAAGUUACGAGUCGGAGACGCUCGCAGGGAGCGACUCCGGGGUGGACCACAGUGCGCUGGAUGAAGUGGAUGUCCUAGAUUUGGAGGAUGAGUGUGCAGACGUAGAGGACGAGGACAGUUGGUUGUAUGUGUCUCCUAAAAAGCAAGUGGCAGAUGCCGGCCCGGAUUCUCCGCUGAAGUGGUGCCGACAGGCUCUUGAUCAUCGCAGCCCGGAGACAGAAAUCGCAUGUCGGACCCUGAUCAGCCGUUUGGAUCAGACGUCUCGAUGGAGGAACAUGUACAGCAGCCCAUCAGAGGCGGGCACAGCAGGCUCUGCGGGCUCGGGCCUGAUCUCCCCUGGGUACCACAAAUCAACUAACAAAUCCCUACUAACCUGUGGCAGCUCAGGUGUCACAACCAUGCACUCAGCGCUCAGCUCCCAGUCCUCCAUAGACAGUGAGCUCAGCACAUCGGACGACUCCAUCUCUAUGGGCUACAAGCUGCAGGAUCUCACUGAUGUCCAGAUCAUGGCUCGUCUGCAGGAGGAGAGUCUGAGGCAGGAUUACGCUUCCAGCUCGGCGUCCGCAUCGCGUCGCAGCUCCACGGCAUCUCUGCAGUCCCUGCGUCGGGGCGGCACGUACAGCGACCAGGAGUUCGACAGUUACAGCCUGGAGGACGAGGAGGACGAGUUCUGCUCCGUGCCCCAGCGUCGGCGCCACUUCACGCCGUCGCCGCUGGGCUCACCCAGGUGCCUCUCUCCGUCCACAUCUAACCACGGGCAGGAAUACAGCAGCCGACUCGGAGCCCCACGCACAAGAGCGCCUAGAAGAUCUCUACAGGGUCCGAGCGCAGAGCUGCUGAAGUUUGCCAAGAGUGAAGAGGAGUUGAGGCACAGCAUGCCUAAUCUGGCCCCCCGCACCAGCCUACGUUCCCUGGAAGCAGUCAGAAACAGCCGCAGCAUGGAGGCUAACCUCCAGAGCUCUGGCAACCGCAUGUCUCACCUGACUCACUCCCCCUCCACAGGUAUGGCUUGCAGCCGGGUGCGUAGCAACGGCCAGUCUCCUCUCUCCCUGCGGACUCCGGUUAAGGCCGUCAAUCCUGUGGGCCCCAUGGCAGCUGGUCGCCAGGCUCCGUCCAGGGGGCUGCCCGUCGUCCAGGCGCCGCCUCCCGGAGGGGGCCGCAGGGUCCAGUCGCCAGGUUCCGCUAACGGCGGCGGAUCCUACAUACCUGGGAGGACGUCGAUCGGCGCAGGAAGGGCUUCGGUGGGGCGAGGUCAGGCUGCGCCCGCAGCCUCCACAAGAAGCAAACUUGCACAUCCUCCCAGGAGGUCUUUGGGCAUGACUAAAAUCUCAGAUGAAUCGUGGAAAGAUGGGUGUUACUGAGCUUUUCCGGUAAUGAAGGAUGUUCACUGCUGCAACCCUCACCAGACUGCUCCACGUUUACCUCUCAGAACAACCACCGGGUCCACAAAUGUGUCAUGUACAACCUCUCAGCCCCCCCACACCCUCUCUUCCUCAUUUCAGACUGGAGCGCUGGGCUACACUGGAUUUGUAGUUUAUCUCUUUCCCCUCGCAUGAAACAUUGUCAACCCACACAGUGAGAGGAUGUGUAGGCAGACGUGAAGACACAUGCACACUCCACUUGUAAUAUGGACCAACUCUGUGCUUCCAGAAGACUCGUUUGUGUCAAUUUUACUUAUUUUUCUAUGGUAAUUGUGAGAAACUGCUGGAAUAUUAAGGGUUGUAUAACUGUUCUGUUGAUGUAAAUGAUUAUGAUGACAAUUUAAAUGAAGACAUUGCUGGUUUGUUUGUUUGUUUGUUUUCUGUGUGGAUUACUACUCGAUGAAGGUGCUGAGCGUUUGCAUGCUUGGUUUUGCUGUUUUCCUCUAGCUCAUCCGCCUUUCAUCAUAAUUUUAUCUGCAAUAUGACAAUUCUUCCAUGUGUCCCGCGACGAUCAGAGUGAAUUUAUGAAUGUUUGGGUUCUUCUUCAUAGUAAAAUAACUCUUGAGGUUUGUUUGUGUUUGUGUUUUGCUAUUUGCUUACACAGCAAUGCAGCUCCCGUAAACCACACUGCCCUUGUGAAUUACAUUUAAAAAAAAAAGGAAAAAUAUUGUCUGUGCCAAGGUGCGUUACAGCUACAACUCCUCAACUCUGAAAGUGAUCUUGAGUCAAUAAAGGUACUGUUACAAUACUGAGUUUUCCAUACAUUUUACUGGAUAUCCAGGUAUGGAUUUGAGUGUUUGGAAAUCUCUGUAAUAAAAAAUAAAUAAAAAAAACGUUUAUGCACAAAGGCCUUGUGCCUUCGUCAGCUAUGCACCCUCAUGAAGUGUGCCUCUGAAAAUUAGGAGCUGUAAAGAAAAUGAUAAAUAAAGACUACCCUGAAACUGUAA